GCGGCCGUGCCGGCCGGGGGAAGGGGCGGCGCUGCGGGCGGUGCUGCCCUGCCCGGCCCGCUCCGUGCCGGGUCUGUGUUCCCGGGGCUGUGUCCGGGUCCCGGAGGGCCGGCCAUGGCCGGUGCCCCUGCCCGGUACCUGGUGUUCUUUCAGUACUUUGGCACCAGGUACAGUGGGGUUAUGGAGACCAAGAGUGAUCAGGCCCUGGUUGGAGUCCAGAAUUAUUUGGAGGCUCUGUGGGUGGCGAUUUUGGGUUUGGAGAAACAGGGAAUUUUCUCCUGCUGCCUUUGGAGGAAAACAGGGGAGCUCAGCAUCCUCAGUGCCCAGCGGGUUUCCAGCACCUUCCAUGCCCGUUUCUGUGCCCUCUCCAGGACCUACAUCUACCGCCUGCUGCUGGGCUGUGCCCACCGCUCCCAAAUCCCUGUCUUCGAGCAGGAUCUGUGCUGGGCUCCCCCAGGAGGGUGAGUGCAGCUCCCUGGGGAGGCUCCUCUGCAAGGAAAUUAGGGAAUCAGGGCUGGGAGGGGAAAAAAAUGGGAUUUUUUUGCUCUGAACAACCCCGUCAGGACCCUGCAGCUGCUGCAGCUCCAGCCUGGCCACGGCCUCCUGGGCCAGCACCACCUGCACAGGGGACUGGAGUUCUGGGAGGUGAAGGUGAAGAGCAAAUCCUUCCUGUACCGACAGGUGAGGAGGAUGGUGGGGGCCCUGGUGGCCGUGGGCCAGGGCAGGAUGGCCCCGGGGCAGCUGCAGCAGCUGCUGGAGCUCAGGGACCCCCGGGCGCUGCCCCCGCACGCCACGGCCCCGCCCGAGGGGCUCUUCCUGCACAGCGUGGAGUACAGCCAGGCAGAUUUGGCCCUUCCAUGUGCCCCAGCAGAAGAGGAGCUCUGUGGGCUCAGCUGAAAGGAAUUUAUAACAUAAAUUAUAAAUUAAAUUAAACAAUUAUAAAAAUUG